UGAAAUCCAAAUAUUGCAAAAUGUGUGAGUUCUGGGAGAAGAAAACAGACUCUGCUGAAUACGAAGAGUGGGCAAAAAAUCAUCAUAAUCAAUGCCAAGCAAACCACGAAGGUUCGUCCGUUAAGAUGGAAGUGGACGCUAUUGUGGAAAUGUUUUGCCGAUCUGAAGAAUUACAUGGUGUUAAAUAUUCUAACUACGUGGGUGACGGAGACAGCAAAACAUUUAAAGGCAUAUUAGAUUGUGAGCCUUACGACAAUUUUACUGUGUGCAAAAAGGAGUGUGUAGGCCAUGUGCAAAAACGCAUGGGUACUCGGCUUAGAAAUUUAAAAAAAAACAGUAAAGGUCUGGGUGGAAAGGGUAAGCUUACCGGUAAAUUAAUAGAUGAAUUGACAAUUUAUUAUGGCUUAGCAAUCAGGCGUAAUGUCGAUUCAGUCGAAAAAACGAAGAAAGAAAUCUGGGCAACAUUGUAUCAUAAAAUAUCGACUGACGAAAAACCACAGCACGACUUUUGCUCUGCCGGCGAAAACUCUUGGUGUUCCUACCAAAAAGCGAAGGCAACUAACAAACUUUCAGAAUACAAGCAUAAAACACCAAUGAAAUAUGUUGUUUUCGAUGCUGUUAAACCGAUUUAUGAAGAAUUAAGUAAAGACGAACUUUUAUUAAGAUGUUUAGGAGGCUUCACGCAAAACAGCAAUGAAAGUUUUAACGCGACUGUGUGGGCACUGGCACCAAAAUCUUAUGCAAGUGGAAAAAAAAUAAUUGACAUUGCAACAAAUAUUGCUGUUUGUAAUUUCAACGAUGGAUUCAGGAGCAUAAUGGAAAUUAUGGAAGUUUUAAAUCUUUGUGUGGGCCCCAAUUGUUACAAUUUUUGUGAGGAAGCGGACGCGCGGCGCAUUAAAGCGGCUGAGCACAGUCUGACCGACGCAGCAAAAGAGGCCAGAAAAUCGUUAUUAUCCACUAAAAAGAAAGCUGAUGAAGCUGAUACAGAGGUGGAAGGGCAGCUUUAUGGGGCAGGCAUCGCAGACUAAAGGUAAAAUUAAAAUUUUUAUUUUUAUAGACAAAAAAUCCUCUUGAAAAACUUUAAACGUGUUUUUCUCAAAACAGCAUUUUUAAAAUCGGUGUACAAUAUAACUUUUACAGUUUUUAUCCGAUUUACUUGAAAUUUUAAUAGUAUAUUCUUCAAUGUAUUCUGCAAAGAAGUACGUAGGCUUUUUCCAAAAUAUUGAAAACUCUUUUUGCAAUUAACAUUUUUAUAUGUAAAUUUUAGGACAAAAAUGCAAGUUUU